CACACGUGAUCCAUUCAGAAUUUCCAAGAGGAACGCCAAGUAUACGUGGAUAGUUGAUAUGAAAUCAUCGUCAUGUUCGCUCUAAAAGCAGAGUCUCCAAUGCAAUCGACAUGGGCUCAGACCAUGUCUCUGCUCGAUAACUGCUCAAACAUGAAGCAAUUGAAAGAAAUUCAUGCCCAAAUGAUUAGAACAGGCACAGCGACAGAACCCAAAUUAGCCACCAAGCUUCUAACCCUCUGCACUUCACCCCAUUUGGGUGAUUUGCAUUACGCGCAAAGGGUCUUCAAUGGAAUCUCCAGCCCCACCACUUUCAUGUGGAACGCCAUGAUAAGAGCGUAUUCUAACAGUAAUGAACCAGAAUUAGCAUUUCUUUUGUAUCGUCGGAUGCUUUCUUCUUCGGUACCGCACAAUUCCUACACCUUCCCUUUCUUGCUCAAAGCUUGUCGUAAUUUUUCGGCCAUGAGUGAGGCCCUUCAAGUCCAUGGACUGGUAAUCAAACUGGGAUUUGGGUCGGAUGUUUUUGCGUUGAAUGCUCUGCUUCAUGUGUACGCUUUAUGUGGUGACAUCCAGUAUGCACGCCAACUGUUUGAUAAUAUUCCUGAAAGAGAUAUCGUUUCUUGGAACAUAAUGAUUGAUGGGUAUAUCAAAUCUGGGGACGUAAAAACGGCUUAUGGGGUUUUCUUGGACAUGCCAUUGAAGAAUGUGGUCUCCUGGACGUCGUUGAUUUCGGGGCUUGUUGAGGCAGGACUGAACGUAGAAGCUUUGAGUCUUUGUCAUGAGAUGCAGAAUGCAGGAUUUGAGCUUGAUGGUGUUGCUAUUGCGAGUUUGCUCACUGCUUGUGCAAAUCUUGGAGCAUUGGAUCAAGGAAGAUGGCUCCAUUUCUACGUGCUCAACAAUGGAGUCCAUGUUGAUCGGGUAAUUGGCUGUGCUCUGGUGAAUAUGUACUUAAAAUGUGGGGAUAUGGAAGAAGCCUUGCGGGAGUUUGGGAAACUGAAGGGUGAUCAGAAAGAUGUGUAUGUUUGGACGGCCAUGAUUGAUGGCUUUGCUAUUCAUGGCCGUGGGGUGGAAGCUCUGGAAUGGUUUAAACGAAUGCUGAGAGAAGGAAUAAGACCAAAUUCCAUCACUUUCACCGCAGUUUUGAGGGCCUGCAGCUAUGCCGGACUGGUUGAAGAAGGAAAAGUGUUAUUUGAGAGCAUGAUGAGUGUUUAUAACUUGAGCCCAUCUAUUGAGCAUUAUGGGUGUAUGGUUGAUCUUUUGGGUCGAGCUGGGCUGCUGGAGGAAGCGAAGGAGUUGAUCAAGACGAUGCCCAUGAAACCUAAUGCUAUAAUAUGGGGAGCUUUGCUUAAGGCCUGUAGGAUCCAUAGAGACUUUCUGGUGGGUGGCCAAAUUGGAGCCCACCUGGUGGAAGUUGAUUCAGAUCACAGUGGGCGGUACAUUCAGCUGGCCACCAUUUUAGCUGCAGAAGGUAAAUGGAAAGAAGCAGCUGAAGUGAGGUUGAAAAUGAAAAAUCUGAGACUCCCAAUUCCUCCAGGAAAGAGUUCCAUAACUUUGAAUGGCGUUGUUCAUCAAUUUCUGGCUGGGCAUCAAGAUCAUCCACAGAUGGAGCAGAUUCUUCACAAACUAAACCAGGUUGUAGAGAGGCUACGGCAACACGAAGGUUACGAACCUGCAACUAAAGACUUACUGCUUGACCUUGAGAAUGAGGCCAAAGAGACUGCAGUGGCACAACAUAGUGAGAAGUUGGCUAUUGCUUUUGGAUUGAUCAACACAAAACCCGGAUCAACGAUUCGAGUCGUAAAGAACCUUAGGGUCUGUGAAGAUUGUCACGUCGUAGCGAAGCUCAUAUCUCGGAUCUAUCGUAGAGAGAUCAUAAUGCGAGAUAGAGUUCGAUUCCAUCAUUUUAGAGGAGGGAAUUGUUCUUGCAACGAUUACUGGUAGAGCAGGCAAGAUAAGAAUGUUGAGGCUCCUAGAUGGCAUGAACCGUUAGGAAUCACGAU